GAGGCUCAAAAUACUCAAUUACGACUCCCGUAGUUUCAUAUUUUGGUAUACGCCUAGAAGUGAUCGGUCGCUGACUUUGAAAAGCGAUUCAAUUGAGUUUGUUCAGCAAUGAGCGACUAACAACAAUGAAUGCAAACGAUUACCACAAACAACAAUAACACAACUAAGAUUGCUUGAGUAAGUUAUUAAGCAAAAGCAUACAAAAUGAACAAGGACAAUUCUCCCAUGCAAAUGGAUAACGAGUUGGCGAUACGACUGCUCGCAGAUGGCGCCGUACUGGUCAUAGCUGGUGUUCCUGUGGGCACUGAAUUUGGCGUCGAUUUGUGCUCCUAUACAAUCGGCCCGGACUUUCGGGGUGUCAAGAUGAUACCGCCUGGCGUACACUAUGUGUGGUGUGCUUCUCGUGGACCAUAUGGCGAUGUGGCGCCACGUGUUGGAUUCGUCCACUUCUUUCACCCAAAUGAGGUUCUCGUACGCGAAUGGGAUAGUGACCGGGAGGAGCUGCGUCCACGUCAGACCGCCGAUCCGGAGCUGGAGCGUGAGCGCAUACGCAAGAACCUGGCGCAACUGGAGCGCGUCCUGGCCCCAUACGACUAUCGCUAUGUGUGCCAGUGGAAGGAUCUGACGGGCAGCGUAACGGAGCCAUGCGUCAGCCGCUGCCGCCCCGAACUGGGCACAAUACGCACCAAUAUCGAGCUGCAAUCCUGCACGGAUGCCGAUCGGCCACGAGGCAGCGCCGACAGCAGCAUCAACAGACGCAACAGAGCGGCGAAGCUGCUGCUGGAUGAAAGUGAAAUGCUACCGCAUCUAAAGCCCGUGGCGGGCACUGCACCACGUUUCAGUGUGGUGCCAUCGCGUGUGCCAACAAAUGCACCGCCAGCAGAUCUAUCGCGGCAUGCCAUUGACUGCAUAGCAGCUGUAGACACGCUCUUCGCCGACUUUGACAACAAUCCGGAUGCACUAAUUGAGGAACUGCAGCUGGCAUUUGUGUUCUUUUUGGUUGGCUACUCGGUGGAAUCGUUGGACCACUGGCGCAAGCUGCUGGCCCUGUUGUCGCACUCGGAGACAGCAGUUGGCAAACACAAAUUGGCCUAUAUGAAAUACAGUGAAGUGCUGGCCCACCAGCUGCCCCAUCUGCCCGAGGAACUGAUGGCGCCUACCAUGCACAACACCGUCUACAAGGAUGUGCGUGAGUUGCUAGUGAAUCUAUACGCUGGCGGUCUCAUGGUCAGUGCUGAGCGGCUAAUCAAGCGUCUGGCCAAGCAGCUGGGCUGGCAUUUCGAUGGACUACUCGACGAGGAUCCCGAGGAGCAGCCAGUGAUUAUAGAGCUGUCACAGUAGGAAGUGCAGGGGUCACCUUAACGCAUCGAGUGCUGGGCACGCAAAUAUUGCCAGAGAUCUUUGGCUGUGCGUAUGCUGACCAUAAACUGGCACAUCUUGUUCUCGAUCAGGCAUAGUAUGAUAAACUUGGCCCGUUUGUCCUUCAGCAGUGACUGCAAAAAUGUCAAACUUUGACUGGACUGUCGCUACUCUGUCGUCAUUCAUACAUACAUCUUCAUUAUUCUCCGGGCCAUUCUCAACGACGCUCCAUAGAUUCUCCGACUCCAGAUAGGCACGCACCGUCAUUGACCAGGCCUUGUAGUUAUCCAGGCCUUUCAGCUUCUCAAUAUGCAGUUGCAGCGUCAUUGUUGUCUUCAGUCCGGCGACGUUUUCACAAAUAAAUCGUUAGACCUCUCGGCUCGUCCAUUUUGUGUGCUGUUCGCCCAGAUUCUCAAAUAUAGAUUAUAUGUAAGCAUUUGUA